AAGAAAAAUCAAGAAUAAAAAAGAAAGACUUGAGAAUUAUCGGUAAACAAUACCACAAACCUCACAGUUUUCGUGUUUCGCGGCCACAGUAUUCUCAGUAUUUUUAUCAUUAUCACUUCUUAAACGCCAUUUUCUCUCUUUCUCACUCUCUUUGUCUGUCUCUAUCUCUGGCUCUGGCUUUCUCUGUGUUGCUUUUCGAUUAGCUCUCGUCUCCCCGAGGCAACUUGCAUUUGAGGGGGUAAGAGACAGAGUGGUAAAAUGGAGAGGAAGCAGGGGUUCUUUUCCGCGUUAAAGGAGGAGGUGGUUAGGGGUUUAUCGCCGGGGAGGUCCAGAGCCAAGAGUCCUGCUAGGAGUGCUUCCCCAAUGUCGAGUUUGUUAAGGAGGAGAAAGGGACGUGGGCACCACGUGGGGCAGCCGGAGCUUUUGAUUAUACCAAGAUCGGGGAGCUUGAGGCCUGUGGAGACUUUAUCGCCGUUGAAGGAAGGGCCAGAUCAAGACGAUGGCGAAGAAUCGAGGAUAGAAGGGAGGUGGGGCCAUUGGAUGAAGGGACAGCUGUCCAGAACCCCGUCAGUUGCGUCGUCAAAUGCGUCCAAGCGCUCCGAUCUGAGGUUGCUGCUGGGUGUACUAGGUGCACCGCUGGCUCCGGUGCACGUUAGCAGUACUGAGCCUCUACCUCACCUUAGUAUAAAAGAUACUCCAAUAGAAACUUCAUCUGCUCAAUAUAUAUUGCAGCAGUACACAGCAGCUUCAGGAGGGCAAAGAGUUCAAAACUCCAUUCACAAUGCUUAUGCCAUGGGAAAGGUGAGGAUGAUAGCGUCCGAGUUCGAAACAGCUAACAAGGUCACAAGGAGUCGAAAUUCCUCGAAAGCUGCCGAGUCUGGUGGGUUUGUUCUCUGGCAAAUGAAUCCAGAUAUGUGGUAUGUUGAGCUUGCUCUUGGUGGCAGCAAGGUUCAUGCUGGCUGCAAUGGGAAGCUUGUAUGGAGGCAUACACCCUGGCUUGGUGCACAUGCUGCAAAGGGUCCAGUUAGACCAUUGCGUCGUGCACUUCAGGGGCUUGACCCAAGAACAACUGCAAGUAUGUUUAUCAAUGCAAGAUGCAUAGGGGAGAAGAAUAUCAAUGGGGAUGACUGCUUUAUACUGAAGAUAUGUGCUGAUCCUGCAACUCUGAAAGCUAGAAGUGAAGGGCCAGCAGAGAUCAUAAGGCAUGUUUUGUUUGGCUACUUCAGUCAGAAAACUGGGCUCCUUGUUCACAUAGAAGACUCUCAUUUGACCCGCAUUCAAAACAAUGGAGGCGAUGCUGUGUACUGGGAGACAACAAUCAAUUCAUUUCUUGAUGAUUAUAGGCCUGUGGAUGGUGUUAUGGUUGCUCAUUCUGGGCGUUCUGUAGUAACGCUUUUCCGGUUUGGAGAUACAGCAAUGAGCCACACCAGGACCAGAAUGGAAGAAGCAUGGGCAAUUGAGGAAGUAGCAUUCAAUGUCCCAGGCCUAUCGAUGGAUUGUUUUAUUCCUCCUGCUGAAUUAAGAUUUGCUUCUAUUAGUGAAACCUGUGAGCUUCCUCAGAGCCAUAAGGUAAAACCAGCUGCAGCUGCUGCAGCAUAUCAUGCCAAAGUCACUGCAUUGGAUAGAUCUCGAGAGAACACAAUGUGGAAGACUGGAGUUUAGGAAAUGAAAAAAUCUCGUGGCAUGCUAUUGCACAGAUAGGAUAGGUGUCUAGUUUACUGGACCAAUCAAUUAGGAGGUGAACUGGUAAAGGCAGUAGGUAGUUGUUUGCUGAAGUUUUGGCAUUGAAUCAGUGUCUCUUUAAAUUUGUAAAUAGAGCGAAGUCAUCUCGUAUAUUUUUCUCAGGUUCUGAUUAAAACUUUCAACUCCCCAAGGAAGAAAUCCAAUAGGGAAUUCGAGCUUGGGAUUAUAAUGGGAGAUAGAGCUGACAAAGGUUUGUUAAGUUCAUCUUUCUUGUAUGGUUUUAUCAUUAAUGAAGCUGUUCAAGUGCAGUGAAUCA